AUGGACUGCUUCAGUGCCCUCGCCACGGUUGUCGUCAGCCUUGCGUUCGCUGAGGCCCUCUGCUGGGGCGAUCACCUCGCGGAAGCAGCGCCGCCGCCGUCGUUCUACGCGGCUGCCUCCUUCGUGUUGACGCCCGUAGCCUUCUUCCUUGGCGUGGCAGCAAUCCACGCUAGGGUUGCUGCUGCGUUGCACCCUGCAGGCCGGCACGCUGCGCAUGACAACCUCAUGUACGCGUGGGCGUACGCGUACCUCCCGACGUCCACGGCUUCACUCGUCGCCGUGUUGUCGCCCGCGUUCGCCGCGCUCUUCGGCCGCGCCGUUGCCAAGAACAGGCUGAGCCUGUCCUCCCUCAACGCCGUCGUCGUGAUCACCGCCGUCGUGGCGAUCGUCGCGCUGGACUCCGGGUCGGACAGAGGCCGCCCGGCGCCGCCCGGCGUGACGGCGCGGCAGUACGCGCUCGGCUUCGCCCUGGACGUGCUCGGGUCGGCGCUCCACGGCCUCAUCUUCGCGCUCUCGGAGCUCGUCUUCGCCAGGGUCCUCGGCCGGCGGUCCUUCCACGUGGUGCUGGAGCAGCAGGCGGCGGUGUCGCUCUGCGCGUUCGCCUUCACCUCCGCGGGGCUCGCCGCCGCCGAGGGCUUCCCGGCGAUGCGGCGCGAGGCGGCGCGGUUCGCGCGCGGCGGCGAGGCCGCGUACGCCAACGUGAUGGUGUGGACGGCCGUCACGUUCCAGCUAGGCGUGCUCGGUGGCACCGGCGCGCUGUUCCUGGCGUCGACCGUCCUCGCCGGCGUGCUGAACGCCGUCAGGGUGCCCCUGACGAGCGUCGCCGCCGUGAUCUGGUUCCAUGACCCGAUGAGCGGGUUCAAGACCUUGGCUCUGGUGAUCACAGUGUGGUGGUUCGCGUCCUACAUGGUUGGGCACUCCUCUUCUGUCAAGAAAACGUCAGCAAGUUGA